UAGGUAUAAUUAUUUACAUGUAUAGAUCUGUUUGCAUUCACAAGAAUAUAGUCAUGGCAAAUAUCAGUUCGCUGCUUGUCACGCUUGCUUUGGUUGGACAACUAUCGGCGGACAAGCUCGCGUGCAAUAAUGGAAUUCUACGUCUAGUACGUCUUGAUGAUCAAGUGACUAAAAGCUACGUCCAGUACUGCCUUGAUGGAGAGAAUGGCGUUGGCUGUGUGGCAAACCAUUUUCCCGAGUGGAAGCCAACGUAGUGUGUAGACAGCUCGGUUACAGUGACCAAGGAGCCACAAAAGGGUUUAAUAGGAAUCUAGCAUCGAUGUCUAUCAGUGGCGGUUUCUUCAGGUUCAAUUUCGGCUCAUGUUCUGGCAGGGAGAAUGCAUUAGCAGAGUGUGAAAGAAUUGAAGCUUUAUCUAAUUGCAACAGUAAUCAACAAGGAUGGGUAAAAUGCAAUCCAGCUGAUUGCACUGAUGGAGCCGUACGACUGGUGGGCAGAUCCAACAUAAGACAAGGACGAGUGGAGGUGUGUCAGAACCAGCGAUGGGGUACAAUGUGCUACAACCAAGUACUAGCUGGACAUGUUUGCUCUCAGCUAGGAUUUCCAAGCCAAGCAGCAGUGUCAAACGUAAUCAGCACGACAAGCCCACAAGUUAGUUGCACCAUGGAUACCAACAAUAGGUUGAGCUGUGGGAACAUCACUGACAGUGGGUUAUGUGCUCGAGGUUUAGCCGUUGAGUGUCCAUCGUUCUGUGAGACAUGUCCUAACUCAUCGACAUUAUGCAUGGCACCCUCUGACAUAAUCGAAGAUCAAACUACCGCCAACAGCAGUGAUCCACCAAUCCCAAGCAGUAGUAUCUCAACCAGUGCUGUACAGAAUACAACCAUGCAUCCAAGAAGCCCAAUCACCAGUGUACUAGGAGUAGUGAUUGGGCUUCUUGCACUACUAGAAGUAGGGACAGUUAUUGCGUGGGUGGCUUGCACUGUCACAAGGAAAAGGAACUCAAGUCCAACAAAACAAAGUAACAGAAUUCUAACAAAAGUGAAUGAGAGUUACAAUGGGACAUUCCUAAAACAACCGAACGUCAGCUCACAAGAUCCUAACUACGAUACUGUGACUACAAGCGAUGAAGCAGUUAGUGACUAUGAUGUCAUUGACAAUUUCAAACCCAAGCCGAGAGCACUCCAGAUAUCCAACCCACCACCAGUGACUGUGGAAGCCAGUAAUUAAGGAAAGAGAGGUUCGGAGUAACAGUCAUAGCUAGUGUGCAGAGACGCAUAAUAUUACAGAAUACGUAACUAAUUAUUACAACCUAUGUGUGGAAUAAUUAUGUACAGAAUUCCGGCAUGCUGAAUACUAUAAUCAGGAGUGCAUGCACUAGCUCCUAUACUAUGGUUGUUUAUAGGCCAUCGGUGAAUCAUCCCUUCAAGAAAGUAAAGAAUUGUGUAAACAUGCAUGCAAUAUACAUAAAUUAUAAUAACAAUCAGGUCGCAUUACCGUGUUCUAACUAUGUUUCAGUAUAAUUAUGAUGUUAGAUCUCAUACAAAUGGACCAAAUCCUAGCACAUUAGCAAUUUAACAUAAAUUAUAUAAGUUUUUGAGAACUGUAUACUCAGAACACUUUUCUAUUAGCUACAGUCAGCACACAGUAUAUACACAAUGGCAUAAUUAUAUGCACACUUUGUUAUCAGAGUUAUGCCCUCAGGGCACGAGAGAGGAUGUGACUUAAAGUAAACAAACAUGCAGGCUAACCAUUACCAUAAAGGGGAAUAAGAAACCUUGUGUCUGCAAGGCUAUCAAUGCCUACUCAGUUUAGACCGCUGUUUAUGCUUGUGGGUGGGUGGGUGGACUAUGACAACAUAAGACAGGCAAGCAUACUACCAAAUUAAUGUCAACGUCAUGCAUUAGCCUUUGCACAGUACCUAAUAAAUCUACUUGAAUUGUAUCGAGAAUAUAUAGUCAUGGCUAGUAUCUGCUUGGUAUUACUCACUAUUGUCCUGGUUGGACAAAUAGUCACGGACGGGCAAAGUAAGUGCUGCUUCAGUAAUAAUUUGUAUAAUAUGGUUGUGCAGUGUGCAAUAAUGGAGCUGUAAAGCUAUCUGAGGAAGGAGGUUUAUUUCCGAAUGAAAAGUAUAUGUCCAGUACUGCCAUGAUGGAGUGUGGCAUUGGCUGUGUACUGGUGGUGGAACAUGGACGAGAGUGGAGGUCAAUGUUGUGUGUAGACAACUGGGACUCAGUGGCCAAGGAGCCAAGAAAGAAGGUGGUACAGCACCAACAGCUAAUCCACCCUACUUUAUGUUUGGUGGAACAUCCUGUAAUGGAGGGGAAAGUAACAUAGGAGAGUGCAACAUUCAUACUAAUAUAGUACAUGUAGUGAUAGUAAUAGUAGAGCAGGAUGGGUAAAAUGUCAACCAGGUAAGAGCAUUCAUUUUUGCAUAUCAAAGUUGAUACCGAGUGCUCUACAGCUAAUUGCACUGAUGGAACAGUUAGGCUGGUGGGUGGUACCACUAACAGAGAGGGACGAGUGGACUUC